AUGACCUGCAUGGGUGACUGGCGUGGGUGCAUCGUGUGCCUGAGUGAACGGGCUGGAGGAAGUGCCAACCCCAGCCUGGCGGAGGUCCCUUCCCCCACAGCCACCCUGGCCCGGGUCUACCCCUCUGGGCCUGGGCGCCGGCCCGCCGCGGCUCGGCUGCCGCGGCUGCUCGUGCUCGCUGGCGGCGGCGGCCGGGGGCCGGGCGGCGGCGGCGCGGCGCGGCUGUACCGCCCGGGCGAGGACGCCGUGUGGGUGCUGGACAGCGGCAGCGUGCGCGGGGCCACGGCCAACAGCUCGGCCGCGUGGCUCGUGCAGUUCUACUCGUCGUGGUGCGGCCACUGCAUCGGCUACGCGCCCACCUGGCGGGCCCUGGCCGCGGACGUGCGAGACUGGGCCACCGCCAUCCGCGUGGCUGCGCUGGACUGCGCGGAAGAGAAGAACCAGGAAGUGUGCCGCGCCUACGAUGUCCACUUCUACCCCACCUUCAGGUAUUUUAAAGCAUUUACAAAGGAGUUUACAACUGGAGAAAAUUUUAAAGGACCCAACAGAGAGCUGCAGACGGUCCGACACAUGAUGAUCGACUUCCUGCAGAACCACACGGAGGGGAGCCGGCCUCCGGCGUGCCCGCCUCUGGACCCAGUUCCGCCCGGUGACAUUCUUUCUCUCAUUGACAACCGUGGUGGCCGUUAUGUGGCUAUUUUAUUUGAAAGCAACAGCUCCUACCUUGGACGAGAGGUGAUUUUAGACUUGAUUCUGUAUGAAAACAUUGUGGUGACCAGAGCACUGGACGGGGAGAAAGCGCUUCUGGAGAAACUUGGUGUUUCUUCCGUCCCUUCAUGUUACUUGAUUCACCCAAACGGGUCACACGGGUUAAUCAACAUUGUGAAGCCUCUCCGAUCGUUCUUUUCCUCGUAUUUGAAAUCACUGCCAGAUGUGAGGAAGAAGUCACUUUUCUUGCCUGAAAAGCCAAACAAAGAAGAAAAUUCCAAAACAGUAGUUUGGAGAGAAUUUGACAAGUCCAAGCUGUACACGGCCGACCUGGAGUCGGGCCUGCACUACCUGCUGAGGGUGGAGCUGGCAGCCCACAAGUCCCUGGCAGGAGCGGAGCUGAAAACACUCAAGGACUUUGUCACUGUCGUCGCCAAGUUGUUCCCAGGCCGCCCGCCGGUGCGGAAGCUGCUGGAGACGUUGCAGGAGUGGCUGGCCAGCCUCCCGCUGGACAGGAUCCCUUACAACGCCGUCCUCGACCUGGUCAACAACAAGAUGCGGAUUUCUGGAAUAUUCCUUACUAAUCACAUAAAGUGGGUUGGAUGUCAAGGAAGCCGACCUGAGUGGAGGGGUUACCCAUGCUCACUCUGGAAAUUAUUCCACACUUUGACCGUUCAAGCCUCGACCCAGCCCAAAGCGCUGGCCGGCACAGGCUUCGAGGACGACCCGCAGGCCGUGCUGCAGGCCGUGCGCGGGUACGUGCGCACCUUCUUCGGCUGCAGAGAGUGCGGGGAGCACUUCGAGGAGAUGGCCACGGAGUCCCUGGACUCGGUGAAGACCCCGGACCAGGCAGUUCUCUGGCUCUGGAAGAAGCACAACGUCGUCAACGGCCGCCUGGCAGGCCAUCUGAGUGAGGAUCCCAAGUUCCCGAAGGUCCCGUGGCCCACGCCGGACCUUUGCCCUGCCUGCCACGAGGAAAUCAAGGGCCUGGACACCUGGGAUGAAGGCCAAGUGCUCACAUUCCUGAAGAGGCACUACAGCCGCAGCAACCUCGUGGACACGUACUCUGUGGACCAGGGAGACCCGGGUGCAGGGGGAGCCCUGGCCAGGGGGGAGGAGGAGGAGGAGGAAGGACUCACUCCCCCAGAGAAGGCCCGUGGAGACCGCAAUCCCAAGAGCCUUCCUCCGCCCAGCGUGCUGGGUCCCGGACCCCACCUGCCAGAGAGCUUGCACCACAGGCUGGACAUACGACUCCAGGACCCGCACGCGUCCGGCGUCCACAGGGAAGCCGAGGCGGCGGCGCCCUUCCUCGGGGUCGGCUUCUCCAGCCUGGACAUGAGUCUCUGCGUCGUGCUGUACGUGGCCUCGUCCUUGUUCCUCAUGGUGAUGUACUUUUUCUUCCGGGUGCGGUCCAAGCGAUGGAAAGUCAAGCUUUACCACCCGGCCGUGUAGCGUCUCCGGCAGCGUCAGCAAGGUGGCGGCGCGCCUUGGAGAAACAGCCCCGCCCCGCGCCGCCUGCAGCUUUAACACUUACGAUCAGGGAUCUCAUGAGCACGCCAGACCUGGUUCCCCAUCAGGUGGCACCUCUUGGCUUCCAGGUCCUCGUUUUACAAACGCUGUUCCAGCGAGAGAAGGACUCCUGGCGUCCUCGUGCAGACAAGUGCAUUCCUGGGAUACUCUGCUCCUUUGCGGACCCUACGGCAAAAAGACUCCUGUGUUUCUGCUUCCCCAGACCUAAGACAGAGGGUGGGAGUCCCGGCCCGACAGUGCUCCCCACCAGCUUACCUGGACUGAGCGCCUCCUUCGUCACGGCCUUGCUUUUGUAUUUGGGAAAAGCCUACCUCCCCCACCCAGGCUGCGGCCCCCCAGACGCUCUGUGCCUCGGCCCCUCGUGGUGACUUGCCUGUACCGUGUGCUUUUCAGCUGCUUGGUGGCUUCUGCUUCAGCAAGGGGAUGCUUUGGGGGGCUUAGGGAGCUCGGAACCAGAGAGGAAGGUGUCUUAGUUUCCCUGCUGUGCAGGUGGUUGUCACUCAGAGAGAGACUUAACCGUGCCAGGCCAGGAGGAGCCAGUGGAGUUUGUGGCUUUGCUGCAUUUCAAGAAAUAACCCCAGAGGCCUUCUUUGGGUGGCCCGUUUUAUUCCUCAAAGGCAGUGCCUUUGUUUGCUAACCUGGUGACAAUAGAGAUAGGAGCAGAUGAGGGCUGUCCCAGUCUGCUGUGGUGGGGGCAGACUGAGAGCAGAGGCCGCCGUGGGAGGGGUGGAGGAGGGGUGGUGAGGCUGGUCUGCUCUGCUCCCCCAGGGAGGCGGCUCCACAGGAGCCCUUUGUUGGCUGCUCUUCAUCUGUCACCCUGGGAGGGACCUGCAGGUCCCGCUGCACGUGCCUCCCCCAGGCGCUGGUGCCCUGUGCCAGGCUUUGCUCGAAGCUGUCUGGGGGGGUCCCCACACGGGCACCAGCCUCCCGGGCUGGGACCAUGUUUUUUUUACCAUUUAAUUUAAAUAUACUGUUUUAAAACCCAAAACUUUUAGUGGUAAAUUUGCCUCUGAAGACUUAAACAAACAAAACAAAUACACUAUUGCUGGGAACAUUUAUACUGAGAAUCUCUGCGGCUGUCAGUUUGUCUCGCAAGCUUCAUUUUAUUUGGAUAAAAUAGGGUGAGACGAAUUUGUGUACCCGUCCGUGUGUGUGAGAGAGAGACGAUGAGAGUUGUAGAUGUUUUUUCCACUUUGCCUCCUGUAUAUUUUAUACUCCCGUUUCCUAACUGCAGUUGAUCAUGUGGGUGUAUUUAUAAGACCGCUGUGGUGUCGGUGUUAUUGUUGCAGCUUGAGAACAGCCCCCAGGUUGGGGCUGCAGAGAGAACCUCCCGGAAGCCAUGCCGCUGGCGGGAGGGCGGGGUCAGAUGCCCUGGCAGAGCUCUGACCCUCCUGUUUCGCUUCUGCUGCUAGAGUUUCUUCCUGUCUGACACUUUUUAACCCCAGAAGCCUCUGAGUGUUAGCAAGAGCUAGGACGCUAGCUAGUUGUGCACCUGGGAUAUCCAAGUCGCCACCUUGUUUCUCUUUGGGCUGGAAAGCCAGGCGGGCUCCCACCCUUAAUUAAACUGUGUUUUAGGUGGUGUCAAAUGUCUUUUUCUUCCUCAAGCCAGUUUCUCUAACGGAAUGAACCCGGAGGCUGCAGGCUCCAUCCUGACCUCGGGUUUGUAGGCUUCAGGCCACCACUAUCUGCCACAAGCUUGUUGCUUCCUGAGGGGGGAAGGGUUUGGGCAGGGCAUCAGUGGCUGGCACUGAGCCACCAUGGGGGGUGCACCAAGGUGGCCAAAGGGACUGUGUAGACGUGGGGCUGUGUAGACACCGCCUCCACCCCACACAGUCUGCUCAGGUCUGAGGUCUAUUUUCUAAAGUUUAAAGUAUUUUCAGAGGUAUUGAGACUAAUGAAAAUAAUAGUUCAGUAACUUAAACGUUUAUUUAUUUUUAAUGGAAGGAUUUUGACUAAAAAGAAGCUAAUUGACAUGGAAAUGUCUGAAAUUUCUUACCUGCAAGGAAAUUGAACAUUUUGUAUUGUGCACAUUUUAAGAAUAAAGAAACCUAACAUUUGAA